CCUGAGACAUAAUCCAUUCAAGCACAAAACACUUGGCUUUGACCUUCUCUGUAGCACUUGUCAUAUAUACUCUACAACCAUGGCUUACCACCAUAACUCAUGUUUUUUCUUGUUAUUUGUCGUAUGCUUGUCAUCGAUUCAAACGGAUGCACGAAACCUCCUUGAGACAACCUUGCCUAAAUUUCCACCAAUUCCUGAAAUCCCAACCUUGCCUAAGCACGAGCUACCAACUGUGCCAAAGCCUGAACUUCCACAAAUUCCUAAGCCUGAACUCCCAACACUGCCAAAACCUGAGUUGCCAACAUUGCCAAAGCCUGAAAUGCCUACUCUGCCCAAGCCCGAGUUCCCAAGUUUGCCAAAGCCAGAGCUUCCCGUGAUUCCCAAGCCUGAACUCCCAACUUUGCCAAAGCCCGAAGUACCACAAGUGCCCAAGAAGCCUUAAUCAAGUGCUAGGGAUACGACUAUUGAAUGUUUAAAGUACUCUUUUUGGUUAUAAUAUCAUAUUUCGUCCAAUGUAGCAGUAUGCUUCUACUUUUCGCAGCUUCCUCUUAUGUUGGCUAUUCAUGUGUGUGGUUGUUCAAUAUUUUAUUCGGUAUUGUAAUCAUGUUAUUGCAUAUCUAGUACCUAUCAUAGUUUUGUACUAGAGUUAAUAUUAUUCUCAGUUAGCUUAA